AUGGGGGCCGCUCUUUCUUCGCCUCAGCUGGGUAAUGGGUUAGUGUCUGUUGAUAGCAGCUCUAGCACGCCUGUUGUGCCCUUUGUCACAGCCUUUUCAGUGGCUUCCACCGACACCAACUCCUUCGGAUUCUCAGCCACCAUGACAGAUGCCGGUUACAGUGCUCAUAUCCGGUACACAGAUUCUGCACACGCUGUAUCGACUUUGGAUUGCUCCAUUGCGGCUUACUCGACUGAUCAUAAUACUGGUGGAUUCGCUGAAACCACGACUUAUGGCAGUGUCUUAUGCCCAGUCGCCAACAUCGAGAUUGGCACUGGUACUAUGUUCGUCACAAUCGAUGUUGAUCCUCUCGCCUAUACAGGUUGGGAACCGGGAACAUAUGCGAUUUACGUCGGACCAUCUACGGCCACGACUACUGGUGAUAUCACGGUCAGCACGGCCGUCGUCCCCGGUCAGAUAACCUAUCUGGCCACUGAGACUUCGACUGUGUACCGCACCACGAAGACUGUCGCAGCUACGACUACACUUACUGGUGCUUAUGCCGCGAGUCGUUGCACCAGUGUUUCAGAAUCGACCCCAACGACUUUGCUGAAGACAACGGUAAAAUCUUCGUCAACAAGGAUAUCAAGCUUGAAGUCAUCCACGAGCGCAUCUAGCUCAAGCAAAGUUCUGUCAGGAAGCUCCUCGACACAGAAAGCUACUACGAGCUCUGUCAAGUUGACAGUGUCAUUGAAGUCCAGCUCGACCUCUAAAGCUUCCAUGUCUUCACAAACUUCCAACUCCAAAUCGAAAUCUAGCAGCUCCAAAAGUUUAUCGAGGUCUACCACAUUUUCAACGUCCAGAAUCACAUCUUCACCGCCAUCUUGCAACACUGGAGCUAUCGUGAGGUCACUAUCAAGCUAUCCUCCGCUUGCAAGUCAUCUCUGCCAAGAAGUUAUUAGCAGAAAGCGUGCAUUCCCUGCUUCAAUCUCUGUGUUUCCGGAUUCUCAGUUGUCGAGUGCUUGCUCUUGUUAUAUGAAGCCCACUGCAAUCGCGGCUUCAAGUACAAAGAAGAGUUCUUUGUCCAAGAGACAAGACAUGAGCGUUGAUCAGGCGUCGAUUCCUACCAGCACUCCAAGCACUACGCAUACUUCACUAGCACAAACCUCCACAGAAGUCGCGGAUGAUAGCGGAUUCACUACUUCUGAGGGACCUACGGUAGAGACUCCGAGUACCACUCCGCUGGCUUUGGAGAUCUCGACCUCCAGCACGGUCUCUUCUUCGUCUCCAUCCACAGAGAGCUCAACUUCUGAUACAGUUAUUUCUUCAUCUUCUCCUACGACAACACUUUCAUUCCAAGCAGAUGUGACUUCUGUCUCAGGUUAUGGUCCGCCCACUGCUUACUCUAUCUCCACUACCACGCUGUAUAAAUCUACACAAAUUGUAUAUUCGACUGCUCAGCCAAAAGUUUCGUCUGCAACCACCAUUACCAUCAGCAGUGCUACUUUGACUGUCAGUGGAAGCUCGGUCGUAACCGUAGACAAACGUACCCAACCCACAACCUGCGUUGGCAACUCCGAUACCGUCACUCUCUCGGCAAGAUCACUCAGCUGCGACAAUCUGAAAUUACACACCACAUUCCUCUGGGUGAUGAUGGGAGCACCCUUCGACUUCUGCGCCUACUAUUUGACCGCUAAUCGCAACACCUCUCCGCUUUCCGAGAUGAGCGCCAGCACUCUGAAAGAUACUUGCAACUGUUUGAUACAACACAAGACUUAUCCAUUACCUGUAUUCAAGGAUCAGGCUUCGUUUUCGCCAAAGAGCAGUCGGGUGUGUAAGCAAGAUGUUGGCAAACGAAUCAGUGCGCUUUUCCAAGAGUCGGAUGUGUUUUGCAAGUUCUAUACUAGUACUGCGAGAUCAGUUUCGCCGUUCAUUGGGGUUUCUCCUGCUGAAAUAUUUGCGGGAUGCAAGUGUUUGGCUUAG